UCAGUAUCACUUGCUCGCUUAGUCGGUUCAGAUCGGUUCGUUUUACUAUUUUCCCGCUACAGACUUCGUAUACAAAUUGUAUCAAAAUCUGAAUUUGAAAAUCACUUUUGGCCAUCCACACUCGAGCUACACAACCUCUCGUCAAAACUUUUUAGUUCACGUCGCGACAAACAGAACAACAGGGAAUCAUGAGAUCCAGCAAAGUUCGUGGGGGCAACGCCAGUCGAUUGGCUGACGCGGAUGGACAGUGGGGAAAGGGAUGCCUGGGUUCGCAGCACUCAAUAAUCAAGAAUCACGGGCGUGGCCUUUCAUCCCAAACUCCCACGCAAUUUGGUGGAUUCUCGCCGUCGGGACAGCAGUAUCCUGCCGUGUACUCGCAGCCAGGACUCCGGGUCGGUGGUAAGCUCAAGGCCACGCCCAACUCGCUGCUGCAGCAGCAGCAGCAACAGCAGCUGCAGCAGCAACAGCAGCUCCUGGCGCAGCAGCAGCAGCAACUCCUGGCCGCCACAUCGCCGCAGGUAGCAGCUGCAUCCGGACCAGGAUUGGGCGUUGGCGGGGGCGUGGUCAACAUGCCCAGCUAUGCGGACCAGAUGCACGCCGCCUUCCUCGACUAUCAGCGCCAACGAGCCGAGUUCGAGCAGCAGCAGCAGCACCUGCUGCAGAAGCUCUACCACUACUAUCCCGAUGUAUCCGGCGGCCUACAAUCACCUGCCCAGAUUCAACCCCAAACCCAGACAGCUGCCCCCACCGACGUGGGAGGCGCUCCGGCAGGCAUUGCACCACAGAGCGCAGCUGGCCGCUUCGCCUACCGCCGGCCGCAGUUCAGCAGCAAUGGCCUGCAGCCCGAGCGCCUUGCAUCCGGAUCCAUUGUGCCCGGAGGUCCAGUAAGAGGAGGUCCAGUUGGAGUCAUCCCGGGAGGAGUGAUCGGAUCAGCGUCUUUGCGCAACAGCGGUCUGGGAGCGGGAGCGGGAGGAGACUUCUACUCCACGCAGCAGCACAUGGGCUUCAUGCAGCAGCAGCAGCAGGACGUGCUCCGUGACCAGCAGCAGUCGGUGGCCCAGCAGUUCGCCACCAGCCAGCUGGCGCCCACCACCCGCCAGAGCUAUGGGAUGGCCGUUCCCAUGUCCUCCGUGCUGGGAUCCCCCACCUACCAGCAAUCGCCGGACGUCUCUCAUGUGAGCUUCUCAAGCGGCAAUCUCAACUACAGCUUCUAAUGAUGAUGAGCUGUUAUCCCAAGGACUUUAAAAACUAGUAUUUUCAUUUUUUUUUUUUUUGCGUAAAUUUUCGUGGUAUUUGAUAAGAGGAAUUGUGUAGGGCAAGCAAGAAUAAAUUUUGUAAGUGACGAUAA